AUGAAAGCCUUCUGUAACUCGACGAGUAUCAUUCCUGUUACUCUUUGUUUUAUUUUCUUUUCCAUUUAUUAUUUCGAAGACGUGCUUGCGGCUCCUCCUACUACUAGGCAGCAUUUUUUGUGUCGUCCCGAACAAAGGGAUGCACUUCUCGCUUUCAAAAACGAGUUUCAUAUUGGGAGGCUUUCUCGUGCUUGUUCAAAUGGUAAUCGGAAGACGGAGUCAUGGAGGAAUAACAGCGACUGUUGUAGUUGGGAGGGUAUCACGUGCAAUGCCAAAUCCGGAGAUGUGGUCGAGCUAGACCUUAGCGGCAUCGUUCUCCAUGGCCAGUUUCAUUCUAAUAGUAGUCUUCAAAACCUUCCUUUUCUAACCACUCUUGACCUUUCAAGUAACGAUCUUGCUGGCCAAAUCCCAGAUUUCAUUGGAAACCUUUCUAAUCUUAUUAAUCUCCGCCUUUCGGGAAAUAAUUUCAGUGGUCGGAUUCCGUCUUCUAUUGGAAACCUUUCUCAACUCACCCAUCUCUCCCUUUCUAUAAACAAUCUCGUUGGUGAAAUCCCAUAUUCAAUUGGAAAGCUUUCUCAUCUCACCUAUCUCGACCUUUGGGAAAACAAUCUCGUUGGUGAAAUUCCAUCUUCUUUUGGCAAUCUAAACCAGUUGGCCAGCUUAGAUGUUUCUUCCAACAAGCUGAGUGGAAACUUUCCCAUUGUACUAUUGAAUUUGACAGGGUUGUCAGUUUUAUAUAUGUACAAAAAUCAGUUCAGUGGCGCCCUUCCUCCUAAUAUCACUUCACUAUUAAACUUGAGAAGUUUUGUAGCAAGCCGCAACGCUUUCACUGGAACUAUCCCUUCUCCUCUCUUCACCAUUCCUUCUUUGGCUGGAAUUCAUUUGAGUGAUAACCAACUCAACGGCACUCUUGAGUUUUGGAAUAUAUCUUCAUCAUCUAACCUACAAAGGUUAAGCAUUGGCAAGAACAACUUCAAAGGGCCAAUCCCGAGAUCCAUUUCCAAAUUUGUCAACCUUCAGACACUUGAGCUUUCUCAUUUCGACACCCAAGGCCGCCCAGUUGACUUUAGUAUCUUCUCGCCUCUCAAAUCACUCGAUAGUCUUGACCUACCCUAUUUGAACACCACCACUACGAUUGACUUGAAUGAUAUCUUAUCAUAUUCCAAAAGCCUCUCUUUCUUAGAUCUCUCAGGCAACCAUGUUUCAACAACAAACAAGAGUUCAGUUUCAAAUCCCCCUUCACAGGAGAUAUAUGCUUUGAGCUUAUCAGGCUGCGGUAUCACCGAGUUUCCAGCAGAGCUCCUAAGAACCCAACAUGAAAUGUGGUUUCUAGACAUCUCCAACAACAAAAUCCAAGGUCAAGUUCCUGGCUGGUUAUGGACUCUACCAUAUUUGAAUUACGUGAAUCUUUCCAACAACACUUUCAUCGGUUUCCAAAGAGCAAAGAAGAAACAAGGACUAUCCUCUGUCCUGAAACCAUCUAUGGUUCACUUGCUUGGCGCCAACAACAACUUCACCGGAAAGAUUCCUUCUUUCAUAUGCGAGUUGCGUUCUCUAGAGACUCGAUUUAUCUGA